AUGGGACUCAGCGUCUUCGCUGAGGAUGAAGUUGGAGAAAGGAAGUUGCUAGGACCAGAACUUGUUCAGAUUACAUCUAAUAAAAUUAAGUUGAUUAGAGAAAGGCUUCGCACAGCUCAAAGUAGACAAAAGAGUUAUGCUGAUCAUCGUAGACAAGAGUUGGAAUUUGAGGUUGGAGAUUUUGUUUUUCUGAAGGUGUCACCUUGGAAAGGAGUUUUUCGGUUUGGAAAGAGAGGGAAGCUAAGCCCUAGGUUUAUAGGGUCAUUCGAAAUUUUGGAGAAGAUUGGUGCAGUUGCAUACCGUGUGGCCUUACCACCAAGUCUAUCUAGGCUUCACAAUGUAUUUCAUGUUUCGGCAUUAAGGAAAUAUUUGGCUUACCCAUCCCAUGUUUUAGACUAUCAACCAAUCCAAAUCUCUGAAGAUUUGUCAUAUGAAGAGCAAGCCUUAGAAGUCAUUGAUAGAAAGAAGCAAUUUCUAAGGAAUAGAGUUAUUCCAUUGGUAAAGGUGCAUUGGAGAAAUCACUCAUUAGAAGAGGCCACGUGGGAGCAAGAGGCUGAAAUAAAGGAGAAGUAUCCUCAACUCUUUGACGCUUUAGGUUAUUGGACUAGGGAUGUUACACUUACCUCUCGAAGGAAAAAUGUAUGCGAUCAAAUAGGCUGUGAUAAGACAUUUACUAUUGGAACUUUGACAAAACAGGAGUCAUGGGUGCUAUUCAAGGAGCUUGUUAGAAUGGAUGCUGAAAAUUCUAUUAUAAGCUCAAUCGCAAGAGAAAUAACUACUGAAUGUGAUGGUAUGUCGAUUACGAUCAUGACUGUAGCAAGGGCACUGAAGAAUAGGGAUAUGUAUGAGUGGCGUGAUGCCUUACAAUUUUCAUCCUUGGAGUUGAGUAAUUUCAUCCUUGAAGGAAUGCAUGAAAAUGUAAUUUCAUCCUUGGAGUUGAGUUACAAUUUUCUUGAAAGUGUGGCAAAAUCUGUCUUCUUAUUUUGCUCUAUAUUUCCUGAAGAUUUUGUAAUUCCUGUCGAAGUCUUAGUGAGAUACGGAGCAGGAUUGAGAUGGUUCAAAGACUUAGGGACAAUUGAGGAUAUUAGAGUCAGAUCACAUGCCAUUGAAAGUAACCUUAUCUCUUCUUUUCUAUUGAUUGGGGAAGAAUAUGAUAAGAAAUGUGUCAAAAUGCAUGAUGUAGUUUGUGAUGUUGCACAUAUCAUAGCGCCCAAACACAACUAUACAUUCUUAGUGAAAGCUGGUACUAGUUUGAAAGAGUGGCCAAAAAGAGAUACAUUCGAAGAUCUCUUGUGUAUCUCAUUGAUGUUAGAUGAUAUUAAAGAAGUACUAGAUGCGAUAGAAUGCCUAAUGUUGCAGUCGUUACUACUGCAACGAAAUUCCAAAUUGGUUGUCCCUAACAAUUUCUUUCAAGGCAUAAAAAAUCUUAGAGUUCUAGAUUUAAGUGAAACUCAAUUAUCGUCAUUGCCUAUGUCACUUUCCUUUCUUGUAAACCUUAGAACUUUGUAUCUUAAUGGUUGCAAAUUGGGUGACUUAUCUAUAAUUGGAGAUCUAAGCAAACUAGAAAUUCUUAGCCUUUAUGGUUCUAAUGUUAGGGAAAUCCCCAUAUCUUUUAGCCGAUUAACUCAUAUGAGGCUUUUAAAUUUGAAUAAUUGUAAAGAGUUGACAUGA